AUGUAUGUUAAAAUUGAAACGGAGAGAUUAACAUUCAUCAGGUUAAAUCAAACCAAACUCCGAUCUGAAGAGUAUAUUCACCUUCGAGAUGCGAUUAAUACUGAUGGAAAUGCACAGAAUGUCGGUCGGAUGACUAUUCUUCCAGCAAAAUACAUCGGAAGCCCUCGGCAUAUGCACGAAUAUGCUCAAGAUGCCAUGUCGUAUGUUCGUCAUUAUGGUACAGCAGAUUUGUUCAUCACAUUUACAUGCAAUCCGCAAUGGAUAGAAAUCAAGCAGGAGUUAUUCUCUGGGCAAUCACCCAUUGAUCGUCAUGAUAUUACAGCCAGAGUCUUUAGACAAAAGUUGAAAUCAUUAAUGGAUUUCAUCGUAAAACAUAAUGUGUUUGGUGAGACACGCUGCUGGAUGUAUUCUGUGGAGUGGCAGAAACGAGGAUUACCACAUGCACACAUUUUGGUUUGGUUGGUUGAAAAGAUAAGGCCAAAUGAAGUUGAUGCAGUGAUAUCAGCUGAAAUCCCUGAUGUACAAGUAGAUCCUGGAUUACAUGAGGUAGUUAUCAAACACAUGAUACAUGGUCCCUGUGGAACUCUUAAUCAAAAUUCACCGUGUACGAUGGAUGGUAAAUGUUCAAAACGAUAUCCACGGACAUUAAUAUCGGAAACAAUUACUGGUAAUGACGGUUAUCCAUUGUAUCGUCGCAGAUCGACAGCAGACAAUGGAAAAUCAACAAUUGUCAAAUUAAAUCAACAAGAUAUUGAAAUAGAUAAUCGUUGGAUUGUUCCAUAUUCACCCAUUUUAUCAAAGACAUUCAAAGCACACAUCAACGUUGAAUCUUGCCAUUCAGUGAAAUCAAUUAAAUACAUUUGCAAAUAUGUAACCAAAGGGAGUGAUAUGGCUGUGAUUGGAAUUGGUGCAGAGAAUUCCAAUGAUGAAGUUACCCAAUAUCAAAUGGGCCGCUAUGUCAGUAGUAAUGAAGCAGUUUGGCGAAUAUUUUCCUAUUCAUGA